AUGCAGAAAGGAAUACGUCUGAAUGAUGGCCAUGUAACCUACCUGGGGCUAUUGGCAAAAAAAGAUGGCACAAGAAGAGGUUAUCUGAGCAAGAGAAGCUCAGAUAACACAAAAUGGCAAACGAAGUGGUUCGCUUUGCUGCAAAACCUUCUCUUCUACUUUGAGAACGACUCCAGUUCCAGACCCUCGGGAUUGUACCUGUUGGAAGGCUGCGUGUGUGACCGGGCACCGUCUCCCAAGCCGUCCCUCUCAGGAAAGGAAUCGCUGGAGAAACAGCAUUAUUUCACGGUUAACUUCAACCACGAGAAUCAGAAAUCCCUAGAGUUGAGAACAGAAGAUGCUAAAGACUGUGAUGAAUGGGUAGCUGCGAUUACUCAUGCAAGUUACAGGAACCUGGCCACAGAGCAUGAAGCUUUAAUGCAGAAGUAUCUCCAUUUACUUCAAAUUGUGGAAACAGAGAAAACAGUUGCCAAACAGCUGCGACAACAGAUCGAAGAUGGGGAGAUUGAGAUUGAACGACUGAAAUCAGAGAUUGCCUCUUUGCUCAAGGACAAUGACCGAAUUCAAUCAAUCCAAACUGUCACACCCAAUGACGAAGACAGUGACAUCAAGAAAAUUAAGAAGGUGCAAAGCUUUUUGCGGGGCUGGCUCUGCCGGAGAAAAUGGAAGACAAUUAUUCAGGACUAUAUCCGGUCACCUCAUGCUGACAGCAUGCGGAAAAGAAAUCAAGUGGUAUUUAGCAUGCUUGAGGCAGAAGCUGAAUAUGUCCAGCAACUGCACAUCUUAGUCAAUAACUUCCUCCGUCCCUUGAGGAUGGCUGCCAGCUCAAAAAAGCCUCCUAUUACACAUGAUGAUGUCAGCAGCAUCUUCCUAAAUAGUGAAACAAUCAUGUUUUUGCAUCAGAUUUUUUACCAAGGCCUCAAAGCCCGGAUAUCCAGCUGGCCAACAUUAGUGCUCGCUGACCUAUUUGACAUACUGCUGCCUAUGCUGAAUAUCUACCAGGAGUUUGUGAGAAACCAUCAAUACAGCUUGCAGAUCCUAGCUCACUGCAAACAGAACAGGGAUUUUGACAAACUCCUGAAACAUUAUGAGGCAAAGCCAGACUGUGAAGAGAGAACUCUGGAGACCUUUCUCACUUAUCCUAUGUUUCAGAUCCCCAGGUAUAUUCUGACAUUACAUGAACUCCUGGCCCACACUCCCCAUGAGCAUGUGGAGCGAAACAGUUUGGAUUAUGCAAAAUCAAAACUGGAGGAAUUGUCCAGAAUAAUGCACGACGAAGUAAGUGAAACUGAGAACAUUCGGAAAAAUCUGGCAAUUGAAAGAAUGAUCAUAGAAGGGUGUGAAAUUCUCCUGGACACCAGCCAGACUUUUGUGAGACAAGGUUCGCUCAUUCAGGUGCCUAUGUCUGAAAAAGGAAAAAUCACAAGAGGACGUCUGGGGUCACUGUCCUUAAAGAAAGAAGGAGAGAGACAAUGCUUUUUGUUUUCUAAGCAUUUAAUUAUCUGCACUAGAGGCUCUGGUGGAAAGCUACACUUGACAAAGAACGGAGUGAUCUCGCUCAUAGACUGUACCUUGAUGGAAGAGCAAGAAAGUACAGAUGAGGAAAAUAAAGCCUCUGGACAAGAUAUAGACCACUUGGAUUUUAAGAUUGUGGUCGAGCCAAAAGACUCUCCAUCUUUCACUGUCAUCCUUGUGGCCUCCUCCAGACAAGAGAAAGCUGCCUGGACAAGUGACAUUAGUCAGUGUGUAGAUAACAUUAGAUGCAAUGGCCUCAUGAUGAAUGCAUUUGAAGAAAAUUCCAAAGUCACUGUUCCUCAAAUGAUCAAGUCAGAUGCCUCCCUAUAUUGUGAUGAUGUUGACAUCCGAUUCAGCAAAACCAUGAACUCCUGUAAAGUCCUGCAGAUCCGUUAUGCCAGUGUGGGGCGACUUCUGGAAAGGCUCACGGAUCUAAGGUUCCUGAGCAUAGAUUUCCUCAACACAUUCUUGCAUUCCUACCGAGUGUUCACAACAGCUGUGGUGGUUCUGGACAAGCUCAUCACGAUCUAUAAGAAACCUAUCAGUGCAAUACCUGCAAGGUCACUGGAGCUCUUAUUUGCCAGCGGCCAAAACAACAAGCUUCUGUAUGGUGAACCUCCUAAGUCCCCAAGAGCCAAUCGCAAGUUCUCCUCCCCACCACCUCUGUCCAUUACCAAGUCGUCUUCACCAAGUAGAAGAAGAAAGCUUUCUUUAAAUAUCCCCAUCAUCACUGGAGGGAAAGCCUUGGAUCUGGCUGCUUUGAGCUGCUCUUCAAAUGGCUAUGCAAGCAUGUAUUCUUCCAUGUCACCCUUCAGUAAGACCACGCUGGACAUCGGCAAAUCAUAUGUAUUCAGUAACUUUCCUAACAAGAUACCCGACGAGGGUGAAGGUACAGCUGAAAAAAUAGAAGACUCAAGCCCCAACAAACAAAGCUCAGAGGUCUCGGUAAGAGAAGAGUCAGAUAAUGAUCAAAACCAAAGUGAUGAUGCAGACACAGAAACUUCACCAACUAAGUCUCCAACUACUCCAAAAUCAAUCAAAAGCAAAAAUGCUUCAGAAUUUUCACUAUUUUCUUAUAAUAAUGGGGUUGUGAUGACUUCUUGUCGAGAACUGGACAAUAACCGGAGUGCCCUCUCAGCUGCCUCAGCUUUUGCCAUAGCAACUGCUGGAGCCAACGAGGGCACACCAAAUAAAGAAAAGUACAGAAGGAUGUCUUUAGCAAGUGCAGGUUUCCCCCCUGACCAAAGGAACGGAGAUAAAGAAUUUGUAAUAAGGAGAGCUGCAACCAACCGAGUAUUGAAUGUCCUUCGACACUGGGUCUCAAAGCAUUCUCAGGAUUUUGAAACCAACGAUGAACUAAAAUUUAAGGUUAUUAGUUUUCUGGAAGAAGUCAUUCAUGACCCUGAACUUUUGACCCAAGAAAGAAAAGCAGCUGCCAAUAUUAUAAGGACUUUGACACAGGAAGACCCAGGAGACAACCAGAUCACACUGGAGGAGAUCGUACAGAUGGCCGAAGGAGUGAAAGCAGAACCCUUUGAAAACCACUCUGCUUUGGAAAUAGCUGAACAGCUGACUUUACUGGACCACCUGGUCUUUAAGAAGAUUCCAUAUGAAGAGUUUUUUGGACAAGGCUGGAUGAAGGUUGAAAAGAAUGAAAGGACUCCUUACAUCAUGAAAACUACCAAGCAUUUUAAUGAUAUCAGUAACCUGAUAGCUUCAGAAAUCCUCCGAAGCGAGGAUGUCAAUGCCCGAGUUAGUGCCAUUGAAAAGUGGGUGGCUGUGGCGGACAUCUGCCGAUGCUUACACAAUUACAAUGCUGUGUUAGAAAUCACCUCCUCCAUGAACCGCAGUGCAAUCUUCAGACUGAAGAAAACAUGGCUGAAAGUCUCCAAACAGACAAAAGCUUUGAUUGAUAAACUCCAAAAACUUGUGUCAUCAGAGGGCAGAUUUAAGAAUCUGAGAGAAGCUCUGAAAAAUUGUGACCCACCUUGUGUUCCAUAUCUUGGAAUGUACCUCACUGAUUUGGCAUUCAUAGAAGAAGGAACACCCAAUUAUACGGAGGAUGGCCUGGUAAACUUCUCCAAAAUGAGGAUGAUAUCCCAUAUUAUCAGAGAGAUUCGUCAAUUUCAACAAACAGCUUACAAAAUAGAACAUCAAGCAAAGGUAACACAAUAUUUACUGGACCAAUCUUUUGUAAUGGAUGAAGAAAGCCUCUAUGAAUCCUCUCUACGAAUAGAACCCAAAUUACCAACCUGA